UUUCCGGAAACAAAGAUGGCCGCCGAACAGAACUAGGACGACAAAGAGACCAGGCAGAAAUGGAAGAUUCCACCUGUGAAGGUUCUACCCUAGAACAUCCUGGGAACAAGAUGGAGUGGCCUGAACACCCUGGGAAUGAGAGCAGCAGGGAGACCAAACCAACAGACAAAGGCGAACAACAUGAAACGUGUGAUGUGAACUUUCCCCAGCAAGACAGCAAAUUAACCACACAGGCACAGGGCAGCAGAGGCCAUGUGGGAAACCAUGUUGCUAAAAACAUUGGCGAGAAACCCUACAUGUGUGGGGAGUGUGGGUUCAGGUCAGCUCUCAAGCAUAACAUCACCCAGCAUAUGAGAACUCAUACUGGGGAAAAACCCUACAAGUGUGACCAGUGUGACUAUUCUGCUGCAAAGAAAUCCACCUUGAAUCGACAUCGUGUAUUGAAACACACUGGAGAGAAACCUUACCAAUGUGGGGAGUGUGAAUACAGGACUGCUCUCAAGUUCCAACUAUUAGAGCACACAAAAACUCAUACCGGUGAGAAACCCUACAUGUGUGGGGAGUGUGGAUACAGGGCAGCGAAGAAAUUCCACCUCUUCCAACACAUGAGGGCUCACACAGGCGACAAACCCUACAUGUGUGGGGAGUGCGGGUACAGGACAAUUCACAAGUGCUCCAUACUCAAACACAUGAGAACCCACACAGGAGAAAAACCCUACAAGUGUGACCAGUGUGACUACUCCGCUGCGACUACAUCUACUCUGGACACACACAAGGAAAGGCACCGCGGUGAAAAACCUUACAAGUGUGAGGAGUGCGGACACAGGACAGCCGUGAAGGGGGACUUGUAUCGGCACAUGAACAUCCACACAGGCAAAAAACCUUACAAAUGUCACCUGUGUGACUUCUCAGCAACUUGGAAAUCUUCCUUAGACUCUCAUCUAGUAAAGCACACAGGCAAGAAACCUUACUUGUGUGAACAAUGUGGUUUUAGAACAGUACACAAGGGCUACUUGUCCGAUCAUAUGAAAACCCAUACAGGAGAGAAACCCUACAAGUGUGACCAGUGCGACUAUUCGGCAGCACUGAAAAAAUAUUUGCUCCAACAUCAAGCAAAACACAAGACUGAGAAGCCAUAUAUGUGUGAUAAGUGUGGCUACAAGACAGCUUAUAAGGGCAACUUAUCCCAACAUAUGGCAAGAGCCCACACUGGUGAUGAAACAUAACAUAACAAAAGUCAGCAGUGUAACCUAACUGCAUCAUUGUUCUAGCAGCUCUCCACUGGUUAGGAAGCUUAACUGGUUUCCAUAGUGACAGAGAAUUCUGAGCUCCUAUUGGUACUGUAGUUCAGGGAAUGGUUCUCUGGGGUUAGAGUUGUAUGGCAAGCUCUUGCGGCCCCUGACAGCAAGAGAUCGUGUAAUGUAGGCUCUGACUAGUGGUAUUAUUCUACAGGACAGAAAUCCACUUUGGAGCAAUUCGCCCACUCUCAAUAUCUGUAAACCCAUGUAAGAAAAAGCUGUGAAAGUCUAUUCUAGACCUACAUUGUAGAAAAUUCAUACAAAGAAGAUUUGAAAAUUCAUACAAAGGAAAACAGUUCUUGUGUAGACCUUGAUUGAAAUCAUGUACAGAUGUAGUUUUUGGCGACGUCUCAUGGAGGAGCCUAAUGGUACAGUAUUGUGUGCAAUUCACAAG